UGUGCAGAGCUGACAGUCAGUGCACAGUGAACACUACACCUGUUGCACUUCCCAGGCUCUCUCUGUUUUCUUUCUCCCUCUUCCUGUCCCUCUCUCUUCCCCUUCUUUUCUCCUUGACUGCUCUUAAAGGGAGCUUACAGCCUCACUAUGGAUCCCAAUGAGGCUGGCAGGGGUGAGAAGGAAAAGGAAAAAGAGAAGGACAAAGUGAUAAAGAGGAGGAACCGGCCUGUGUUCCUGCGUUACCUGGAGAGGAGAAAGACGGACACUAUUGUGGCUGAGGACUCGGCCAAAGGUGACAUCAACCUGGGGACGCUGGUGAGGAGGUGUCAGUCUGACAAGACGGAGUACAGCGCCAAACUUAAAGAGAAAAUGACACCACACGACCUGUCCACACCCCCAUCUCCAGCACUGGACCCAGAGGAAGUCCGUUUAAGGAAGAUGAACCGCAGGGCAAAGGUCAUUCAGGAGCUUGUGCAGACUGAAAAGGAUUACCUCACAGACCUGGAGCUGUGCAUCAGAGAGGUGGUCCAGCCUCUACGAAAUUUGCAGGUUGUGGAUGUAGACAGGUUGUUCACCAACACGGAGACAUUGUGUGAGGUAUCGGCAGCACUCCUUCACAGGCUGCAUGAGGCUAUUGCUGACCCUGAUCCAGAGGCAGUUGUCAUAGGAGAAAUAUUCAUCCAGGCAAAGGCAGCUUUAGAAGAUGUAUAUAAGAUUUACUGUUACCAUCAUGAUGACGCCAACAUGGCACUCAAAUCCUACGAGAAAGAUGAAGAAACAAAACAACAAUUCACCACAUGUGUAUUAUCUCUGAAGAAAAUCUACGACCAAGAAGGGAAACCCAACUUGCUGAACAUGGGUUCACUGCUCAUCAAACCGGUUCAGAGGAUCAUGAAGUACCCGCUGCUGCUCGGGGAGCUGUGGCAUGCCACACCUGAAAACCACCCGGAUUUUCAACCACUGCAACAGGCAUACACUGCUGCCAAGAUCAUCAAUGUUAACAUCAAUGAGUUCAAGAGACGCAAGGAUAUAGUUAUGAAGUAUAAGAGGUUGGAAGAUGAAGGCACAUUGAGGGGCAAACUACACAAGUUUAACAUCCACUCUAUCCGGAAGAAAGGUGACAGGUUUGCUGGCUAUCUCAAGAUCCUCACUGGAGUUGAACCACAGGUAAGAGAUGAAGUAUUUGACAGAGAGGAGAAGCUGUUCAGGAGUCUGGAGAAGGCUGUGAGGCAGUUGGCAAAGAAUGUUCAAUGUUACCUGCAGCACACUCAGGAGAUGGUGUCUGUGGCUGUUCAGAAAGUCCAGGACAUGGAAGACAUCAUUAAGGAUACAAACAAAAAUGACACAAAUGGCUCAUUGCACAGUAAUGGAAAUGACCCCUACAAGCACUUUAAAGACAGUAUGGAGCGCCUCGUCCUCGUCCCUCUGUCCUCCCUGCAAGGCAUGUUCACAGCCCCACAGAAGCUCAUCCAGAAGCGUUAUGACAAAUUGCUGGAUUACUGCAGCCGCCUGGAGCGCUCUUCCUCUUUUUCAUCCCAGUCCUCGUCAUCCACCGCUUCUUCCUCUCCUUCACUGGUGUCAGAAGACCCGUCUGGUCCCGCCAGGAGGGACUAUGAAGCUCUCAAUGCCUUGCUAGUGGAGGAGUUGCAGAGGUUCAACAUGGCCGCCUAUACUAUCCUGACCAACUGUGUGGUGUAUCUAGUGGCCCUGCUCAGAGGGCUGAUGGAUAAAAUACUACUUCGUGUCCCAUCCAUUCAUCAGCUACCAGCUCCAUUGUCAAACAUUGCUGAAGUGCAGAACAGCAUCAUGGAUGAGCUGAACAAUCUGACUUUUGUCAAGGAUAACGCACAGAAGUUAAUGGAGCGAAAAGUCAGCUUCGAGAGACAACGAGACAAGAAAAUAGCGAUGCCAGAGGUGCAGCAUCAAACUGAGGAACAGCGCGCCUGGCUGCUGGCAGAAUACCCACUGAGCCGUCUGUACCAGCUGAAGAGGAAGUGUAAUGGCUGCCAGGAGCAGGACCUUAGCCUGCUGGAGGGAGAGCUGGUAGCCCUGCUGGAGGACACAGACCCAUUAGGCAGCAGCAGCCGCUGGCUGGUUCACACUGGAGGUACCCAGGGCUACGUCUACUCCACAUUCCUGAAACAGUACAACCCUCUGAGGGACUCCCAGCGAAAAGGCCAGAUGGCCAAAGAGCAGCAACAGCAGCAGCCGCCUGCCAUGGUGGAUGAAGACUUUGACGACCUUAGCCUGUUUGUGUCAGGUAGUGGCAGCAGCAGCCUGCGCAGCUUUAACCUCAACAACACUGACAGCAGCUCAACCCUCUCUGGACUACAGGGGGAGCCAGAGAGCCCCGAAGACCUGGAGGACACACUGGACACUGAGGCUCAGCAGUUCUAUGCCGUGUAUGCAUUUCAAGCACGCUGUGACCAGGAGCUGACCUUGCAGGAGUACCAGCAUGUCCGCAUCAUUCAGUUCUGUGACCUGGGAGGCAAUAAGGAUUGGUGGUUAGCUGAGGCUAACGGACAGAAGGGAUAUGUCCCUGCCAACUACCUUGGCAGGAUGUCCUAUGCAUAAGGAUAUCCAGAAAACUAAACCAAAAACCAACCUGUGGCAUUUUUAACAAACUCACUUACACUUUACAUAUUUGAAAUAGUCUUAACUGUAAAACGUAUCACAUUUCUGCUUUGUGAAAGUCAGAAAUGCACUAGCUAUCACUAGAUCUUAUAUGUCUCAUACCAAAAGUGUUGAUCUUGAAUCUGCUUUGCCUUUAGAUCAGAACAAGAGAGCUCACCAAUGGGACUUGACCAGUAAUCUGUGAUAAUUAAUAUAAAUAAUGGUAGGAAAAUACAAGGCACUGUGCCGAGCACUUUUUCUACAUCAGUGUUGUUGAGUUUAGAUUGAUAAUGAAGAAGAAUUUUAUUCAUUAAGUAAAUUUUAUAUGUGAACUGAUUAACAGAUGAAGUAAAUGUUAUAUGUGAAAUUAUUCAUACAUGAAGUAUAUAUAUAUAUAUAUUUUCUGUGAAUGUGAAAUGAAGAAAUCUAUGAUGUCAUUGUUUAUAUUUUAACAAUUCUGUCAGGAAUAAAUAUGAUCCGUUCUCCA